CCGACAAGCGGGUCCCCGGCCGGGCGAGGCAUGCCAUUCUUCUCCACUUAGUCUGACUCGGGGCUAUUGUGGAGCGCAACAAGUAACUCUCUGAGGAGGAAGAAAGGGGAGGGUUCAGGGUUCAAACCCAAGCCUCCCGUCGGGACUCCCUCUCUCCGUUGUCAAAUUUGUACAGGCACAAAAGGAGCCGCCGUCUCGCCGGCGAGAACAUCUUGAGGGAGGAGAGGCCAGGGUUAGGUGAAGAAGAAUCACAAUCUGUUUAUCUCGCAGUCUCCCCCACCACCCACCACCAUCGCCAAAGGACGUCUUCAUCCUCUGUGGCGAUCAGACUGUCAGCGGGUUUUUCCUUUUGGCUUUCUCUGAGAAUAUCAGACACCAAAGAUGGAGUCGUCCGCGACGGAGCUGCCGUCCCUGAUGCCCAAUCAGACAUUCCAAAGCUGUGCAACGGAGUCGGCAAUGGAGAACGUCCUGUUUGGGAGCUUCUACAUCCUGAUCUUCUUCCUCGCGCUCAACGGCAACAGCCUGGCGCUCUGGAUCUUCUCCCACCAGCGCGGCACGUCCUCGCCAGCCAACGUCUUCCUGACCCACCUGGCCGUGGCCGACCUAUCCUACGUGGUCAUCCUUCCCCUGAGGGCCACCUACCACCUCAUCGGGGGACACUGGCCCUUUGGCGAGGUGCCCUGCCGCUUGGCGGGCUUCCUUUUUUACGUCAACAUGUACGCCAGCUUGUACUUCCUGGCGUGCGUGGCGGGCGACCGCUACCUGGCAGUCGUCCACGCCGUCCGCUCGCUGAAGGUGCGCCGCGUCCGCUACGCCCGCAUCAUCAGUUUCAGUUUGUGGGUGCUGGUUACUGUCUCCAUGGCCCCUCUGCUGAUGACCCGCCAGACGCUGGAGGUGGACGGCACCACCGUUUGCUUGCAGCUCUACCGGGAAAAUGCAUCACGCAAGGCGCUAAUUUCCCUCGCCGUCGCUUUUACGCCGCCCUUUCUCGCUACGUUGUCCUGCUACUUGCUCAUCAUCCGUAGCCUGCACCGGGGGUCCCGGCUGGAGCCCACCCUCAAACUGAGGGCGCUGCGAACCAUCGGUCUGGUCAUGCUUAUUUACGUGGUGUGCUUCGUGCCCUACCAUGCUAGCCGCACCACCUUCAUCUUGGGCUACAGCCACCCAGAUGUGUCGUGCCAGACGCGCCGAGGCCUGAGCCUGGCCAACCGCCUGACGUCACUCCUGACGUGCCUCAACGGUGCCAUGGACCCGCUCAUCUACCUUUUCGGUGCGGAAAAGUUCCGCAGUACCUUGAUACGACUGCUGUGCAAAGGCAAGGCGGCGGGGGCGUCCGGAGCCACCAGUGGAGAGUUGAAAGGAACCCAUGAGAGUUCUGUGAGUGCCAAGUCAGAGUUUUGAACUGGAUCUUAAUCCGCUAAAUCAUGGGUGUCAAACCCAAGGUCUGAGGGCCAGAUCUGCGCCCCCACAUCAUUUUAUGUGGCCCUGCGAAAACAAAUCAAACAUGUAAACUUCCAUGUUUGCUUAAAGAUCGACAAAAAAUUCAAAUUCUCAUAGAUAGUAAUGCAUAUUCUUGUUACCAAACUCCUCAUUACAGUACCUUAAACAAAACUUGAAUAAACUGCUAUUCUUGACUUCUUUAUAAGGGAAACGGUAACUAAAAUGUGGCCUGCAAGAAAAAUGAAUUUGAUUUUUUUGCCUUCCAAGCAGCAACCACCCAAAACAAUGACUUUUCCAAAACAACUUAUACCAAUUUUAUACUUGACAACACCACAGAAAAACGUCAAGGUGAGGAAGCCUGUUUUGCAAAUCCACUCGUAGCAUUAUAUAUUUUUCUAUUCUCUCUGCCACAGUGAAUGUAAAUUGCUGGAUCUGCAUACAUUUUUUUGGACUGGACAUCGGCAAGCAGGUCCCUUGAUUGUACUGGCCCCGCCAGGAUGGCUCAUAUUAAAUUUAUUGCUUACUACAAUAUGCAUUUGAACAGCCCCCCCUGCAUGUUGGAGUGCCAAAUUAAGCGAAACAUUCUCUGAACGUCAUCUGUGUGACACUUGACCAUUACUCUGUAGAGUGUAAUUAUUAUCUUUUCUGUUUCUGUGUUUAGUAAGAUUUCCCAUGAUAGCAACCGUCUGAAACUAGGAUAAAGAUGAAGACGUUUAUGAAAGUUUGAAACUCUGAUUCAGUAAAAAAGGUCACUUGCAGUAGUGCGACCCCUGUUGGCCUUACAUAAAACCAUUGGCCAGAAAUUUGUGGAUUUUCACUGGUUUUACUCAUAACCUCUUUAAUAUUUCUCUCACGAAAUGUUAAAUCAUCUUUAAAAGAUCUGUCUGAUAAUGCUGGUCUCAUGUAAAUAAAUGUAUCAUUGACAUUUUACAAACAUACCUAUUCCAAACAUUGGAGCCAUAACAUUUAUAGUGAGUACAACAUUUAAAAUAAUUUAAAUUGCCAAAAGUGCUUCUUCUCACCAUGGAGGCUGAUACUAACUGUCCAUUCUGCCAUGUUGUAGUGCUGGUGUAAGCCAAAGUGAGACCCAAAAGAUGAAGAUUAACAUGAUCACAACUCUUGCGUGAUAGCAUUUAGCUAUUUAGCUUAAAGUUGAAUCCUGUACACCCUCAAAGAAGUGUUGAAUUCACCCAAUUAAAUAUUUUUGCAAUAUAGCUUUAUAUGAUAUUUACAUUUUAUACUAUGUAUUGCUAUCACGGUUUGAUACCGGUAUCAUAUUUACUUGUGCUUAACAAAUCUUCAAUGUAAAUAUAAACGUCAUUGUCCAGAACUAUGUCUUUAAUUCCAUUCUUUUUUUCGACCAGAUUUGAUUUUUUUUCUUUCAAAAUGUGACAUUUCGUCCCCUCCGCCAAAUAUACACGGCAACUUUUUCUUUCAAAUCUCACUGUUCCCCUCAAAAAUAUAUUGCUUUAUUUCAUAAAAUUCAGACUUUAAACUCAUUGUCUCACAGUUUUCUCUUUAGUAUGGCCCUAACUCUCGUUAAACCAUUUUAUCUCAUGUAUGGUAACAAGGUAAAAACUUAUAUUGUAUUUGUGAACUAAUGGUAUGCUGUUGUUAGCUUGUUAGCCAAAAUGCUACGGUAAAGGCUAGCCAAGCUAACAGGAUGACAUUUUUAUACAUUUCUUGCUUUUGUGCUUGUAUAUAUGAUUGUAAAUAGAGAAUGUAGAACAUUUUCAGCCUUUUUUUACUUUAUUCUGUCAACAAUAAAUGUAUGAUGACAAAAA